GGGUCAACAGAUAUACAAUGAAAUGUCAAGGCUUUGCCUAGCUAACUUUCAUGUCGAUUGCAUAUCAUAAAAAUAAGUGUAUACAAAUAAAUCAAAAUCCGUGAUGAUUACUUUUAAAGACGGGUAGAAUCAAAGCUUUCGUAAAAAAUUUAUGUGAUUUUUAAUAACUAUUAAGUGUCAGUGGCAUACAAAUUUAAUGAAAUCAGUGCAUAUUUUUCCAAUUACAAAUAGCUGAUAAGAACUGCAGCACGUGAAAGCUGGCCAAGCGGAAAAUCUUCCAGUUAGAAACGCGCAAACAGUCAAUGUUUUCGUGGUGAUCUGAGGUCAUUCCAUGCUAAUUCUGAAGUUCCAAGGCGGAUCUGCUAAUAUUUUACAAGCAAACAAAGUAAACACUUCUGUCUUGUCGUCUCACGAACAUUCAACUCGGACCAUCACAUCACAAUCCAGAAAUUCAAUUUCUAGAAGUUGAUCUAAAGCUUUUCCAGCUGGAUCGGUUUUGUAGCUAAUUGUUGUUCGGACGCGUUUCCGUACGUGUUCGAACGUGGAACAAUUAUCUACAAAUUCUCUAAAAAAAUUGGAAGCAUUUCUUCUUUUCUUUCUGUUUCGAAUUUGAUAUGCGAUCAGAAAUGAGACCCAGUGGCGGUAGCAGCCCGCUCAGCGGCAGCGAAGGCGGUGAAGGUGGAAGAGGGCCCAGGUGGCAAGACGUAGAAAUGGAGGACGAAGAGCCCAUGGAAGAACCGAGAUAUAGAAAUGGCCUUGGAAAACGCGGAUUGGGAAAACAUCCACAAGACAGCGACAGUUCGGCCAGUGAAGAAAACCGCGCUAUGAUCGAGGAUGAUCGGGAUUACCAGCAGCCGCGAGCGAAACGCAAAGGAGUCGCAAACGUCGGUAUCGGUGCGGGCAAAGCCAACGGCAACGGGACGGCGGCCGCAGCGGGAUACAGCAGCGCGGCGACCACUGGGAGCAGCGGGACUGCGCCGCCGGCGAACGCGCGCCGUAGGCGGACGGGAAUUUCGGCGCGGGAACGAAAUCUGCGGCGGCUAGAAAGCAACGAACGCGAAAGAAUGAGAAUGCAUUCGUUGAAUGAUGCUUUUGAGGUAAUUGGAAUUUGCAUAUUCCUGGACGCUGAUGAAGAGCCAGUAGAAGUAAACAGGCUAUUACCUGAAACGCCAGAUUCCUUGCCAGACGUCAUGUUUCCAGCAGAAGACAACAAUAAUUCACCAUGUCAUCAAAAUUUGGAGGUUUAA